GAAAUUCGUAAAAAUGACGAAUGUGGUUAAAUGUAACGUGUGUAAUAUCGUUAUUGAUGAGCUGUUGUGCUACAUACAGAAUAAACUAUCGGUGAUAGAUGACGACACCUUAGUGCGCCUUUGUAAAACGUCGUUUUCUAGCGAAGAAAUCAAAAAAUCAAAAUGUUUAUUGUUUGAUUCUGUGUCGACCGAUCAGCGCAAAAUAUCGCGAAAAAACAGUGGCAAGGAGGUUCGAGACUUGGAGGACAUAGUGGCAUUACUACGAUCUGUCGAAAUAGAUAAAGUGCCCGUGUUCGUUGCGCGUAAACUCGAGAACUUACCUCCAAUAACGGUGGAUCAUUUCGAUUGUACAAAACUGUUAAAAGAUCUCGCUAAGAUACAAAAUGAUAUUGCGCAAGUAAAAUCUUCUUAUGCUACAAUAAAUCAACUUGAGGAGCUACGUUUGGAUUUAAAUAACAUGAAAUGUGCGUCAAUACCGCAAUCUCCGUUUAACAAGGUGAAUGCGAGACGGGGAGCCUGGCUGUAUGACAGUGGUCCAAUUGGGCUAUCCCACUGCUCCACAAACUCAGAAAAAGAGAACGCUUCCACGUCACAAGUAUCUCCUACUAUACCGCUAAAUAAUGAUAAUAAUAUAAACAAUAGCCAGUUAACUCCGAAGAAACAAUCGCCACUCAAAAAUAUUCAAUUAAAGUGUCCCAAUAACAAUGAAAUCGGAACAUCGAAUCCGUUAUUAUCCGUUGGGGUGAGUCAUCCUCAUCUACCGGAGAUUGCUGAACCGUGUUCGCAAGCGGCCAAGGAAUGUGUGGAUACCCGCCGCGCGGCGACAGAUAGCAACGGCUACCCGCGCGACCACGACAAUAAUAGUGAAAACGGUGAAUGGAUUACAAAGACCUAUAAACGUAAUAAACCGAAUUACCGCUAUGCGGGAAAACGAGGCUUAGCCUGCGAUGCGGAAAACAAUGUUAAGUUUAGGGCGGCCGAAAGGAAAAUACCAAUUUUUAUCUCAAAUGUAAACAAAGAUUGCCUUGAAUCCGAUAUUAUAAACUAUGUCAAGGACAAAACACAGGAAAACAUAACGCUAGAAAAACUGAAUAUUAGAAAAAACUCUCAUAAUGCAUACAAGUUUUUCGUGUCGGAAAGCAAAGAGUCUGUGUUCCUGGAUGCUAAAAUAUGGCCGCAAGGCAUAGUAUUUAAGAGAUUUGUGCAUUUUAGACAAGGCACUACGAACAGAAAGUUAUCUGUUGACGGCGCACAUUAUAGCAUUCAUAAUGGAAAAAACAAAUAACCAACAACGUAAUAGUGCCAAUGGAUUGGUACAGUU